AUGGCGAUAUCAAAGACGCCUUACAGGAUGGCGCCAGCUGAGUUGGCAGAGCUGAAGAAGCAGAUAGAGGACCUUUUGUCUAAGGGGUUCAUUCGACCGAGUGUUUCACCGUGGGGAGCACCGGUGUUGUUUGUGAAGAAGAAGGAUGGCAGUUUCAGACUUUGUAUCGAUUACAGAGGUCUUAACCGAGUCACUGUGAAGAACAGGUACCCACUCCCGAGGAUUGAUGAGUUGUUGGAUCAGUUGAGGGGUGCUACUUGGUUCUCCAAGAUUGACUUGGCAUCGGGGUAUCAUCAGAUCCCGAUAGAUGAGGCAGAUGUCAGGAAGACUGCUUUCAGGACGCGUUAUGGGCAUUUUGAGUUUGUGGUUAUGCCUUUCGGUUUGACUAACGCGCCGGCAGCCUUCAUGAGAUUGAUGAACGACGAGGAGCAUGCGACUCACUUGAGGUUGGUUCUGGAGAAGCUUCGGGAGCAGAAGCUUUUUGCUAAGUUGAGCAAGUGCAGUUUCUGGCAGCGAGAGAUGGGAUUUCUUGGCCACAUUGUUUCUGCAGAGGGAGUUUCUGUGGAUCCGGCUAAGAUUGAGGCUAUCAGAGAUUGGCCUAGACCUAGUAGUGCCACCGAGAUCAGGAGUUUUCUGGGUUUGGCAGGAUACUACAGGAGGUUCGUCAAGGGGUUUGCUACCAUGGCGCAGCCGAUGACGAAGUUGACCGGGAAGGAUGUCCCGUUUGUUUGGUCAGCUGAGUGUGAGGAGAGCUUUAGUCAGCUCAAGGAGAUGUUGACUACUACACCAGUGUUGGCGUUACCCGAGCCAGGGAAGCCUUACAUGGUGUAUACAGAUGCUUCAGGCAUUGGUCUUGGUUGUGUGCUGAUGCAGGAGGGCAGAGUGAUAGCAUAUGCUUCGAGACAGUGGCAGGGCAGUGAGCGUAACCGUCCUACACAUGACUUAGAGUUGGGAGCAGUGAUCUUCGCGUUGAAGAUUUGGAGGUCUUACUUGCUAGGUGAGACAGUACAGGUCUUCACGGAUCACAAGAGUUUGCAGCAUAUCUUCACUCAGCCGAUGAUGAACGCGAGACAGACGCGCUGGGUUGAGUUCUUGGCGGACUAUCAGGUGAGCAUUAACUACCAUCCGGGCAAGGCUAACCUAGUGGCGGACGCGUUGAGUAGACGGAGGUAUGAUUCCGCAGUUGAGCGAGAUGUGGAGUCUCUAGUUGGCGAGAUCAGUACCUUGCGUUUGUGUGCCAUUUCGCAGGAGCCUUUGGGUUUAGAGGCAGUGGAUCAGGCGGAUCUACUUAGCAGGAUCAGAGUUGCUCAGCAGAGUGAUCAGAGUUUGCUAGAUGCGACGAGAGUGACUGGUUCUGAGUAUGAGGUCUCUGCGAAUGGGACUAUCUUGGUUCGUGGGCGAGUUUGUGUGCCUAAGGAUGUGGAGUUGAGACAUCAGAUUUUGGGAGAGGCUCACGCGAGCAAGUUUUCCAUUCAUCCGGGAGCGACCAAGAUGUACCAUGACCUCAAGAGGUACUAUCAUUGGGUCGGGAUGAAGAGGGAUGUAGCAGACUGGGUUGCGAAGUGCAACACUUGUGCCUUGGUGAAGGCAGAGCAUCAGGUUCCGGGUGGUCUUUUGCAGAGUUUACCCAUUCCAGAGUGGAAGUGGGACAGGAUUACGAUGGAUUUCGUGGUUGGACUACCUGUUUCGAGGACUUUCGAUGCUAUCUGGGUGAUUGUGGAUCGGUUGACUAAGUCCGCACAUUUCUUGGCCAUCAAGAAGACAGAUGGAGCUGCUGUCUUGGCUAGGAAGUUUGUGCGAGAGAUUGUGAGGCUGCAUGGAGUGCCAGCUAGUAUUGUGUCAGACCGUGAUCCCAGAUUCACUUCAGAGUUUUGGAGGGCGUUUCAGGCAGAGAUGGGCACUAAGGUGCAUUUGAGUACAGCUUAUCAUCCGCAGACAGAUGGUCAGUCAGAGAGGACUAUUCAGACUUUGGAGGAUUUGCUGAGGAUGUGUGUGUUGGAUUGGGGUGGCCAUUGGGCAGAUCACCUGAGCUUAGACACCCCUAUGCUGGACCCAAGUGGGGGAGCGCAGCAUGUAUGGAGCUACUUAUGUUCAGGAGACGACAGAGAAGGUCGUGUUGUGAGGCUGAACAUGAAGGAGGCUCAGGAUAGGCAGAAGAGUUAUGCAGAUAGACGCAGACGAGAGCUUGAGUUUCAGGUUGGAGAUAGAGUUUAUCUCAAGAUGGCUAUGUUGAGGGGUCCUAACAGAUCCAUAGCAGAGAACAAGCUGAGUCCGCGUUUUAUGGGUCCGUUUCCAGUAGUGGAGCGAGUUGGGCCAUUGGCUUACAGGCUGGAGUUGCCUGAGAUUAUGAAAGCCUUUCACAAGGUUUUUCAUGUGUCGAUGCUGAGGAAGUGUCUUCACCCUACAGAGGAGUUAGUGGCUAGGAUUCCAGAGGAUCUUCAGCCAGAUUUGACAGUGCCGGCAGUGCCUGUGAGGAUUUUAGAGAGGAGGGAAAAGGUUCUGAGGAACAAGAGGAUUCCCUUACUGAGGAUUUUGUGGGAUUGCAGUGGUUCUACAGAGGAGACUUGGGAGCCAGAGGCAAAGAUGAAGUUGAAGUUCAGGAAGUGGUUCGACAAGCAGGUCGAGGAGUGA